GGCAUUGCAGGAGCAAAGUUUUGCUGAAGUGGCGUUAGAAGCAGAAGUAAGUGCAUGUUGGUCAGCAUAUUAAAGCCAGUUUUGUGUGUGCGUGAAACUCGUGUUGAAUUUUGAAUGUUUUAUCUGCAAUGUCAAUUUGGAACUUGAUUGGAUAAGUCGGAUACGUGCAUUUAAAAAAAAAAUGAGUUGGGGAAUCGAACUUUGGGACCAAUACGACAACGUAGCUGCCCACACCCAAAAGGGCAUCGACUUUCUUGAACGCUAUGGGAACUUUAUACGAGAUCGGUGUGCGAUCGAAUCCGAGUACGCCGGCAAAUUGAGGCGGCUGGUAAAGUCGUAUAUGCCGAAGAAAAAGGAAGAAGAAGAAUACCAAUUUUCGUGCCAGAAAGCGUUCCGCGACGUCCUGACCGAAGUCAAUGAUCAAGCUGGCCAGCAUGAAGUGGUCGCCGAGAACCUAACGUCAGCCGUCACCAAGGAAAUUGUGGCUCUCGUAAAAGACUUGAAAGAAGAACGUAAAAAGGCUCUACAAGAAGGCGCUAAAUUACAGUCGUCGUUGAGCCAGCAACUGUCGGCUCUGGAUCGGGCACAGAAGAAUUAUGAAAAGGCUUUCCGGGAAGCAGAGCGGGCAGAAGACGCGUACCGCAAAGCCGACGCGGAUCUGAACCUCUCUAGAGCUGACGUGGAGAAGCAGCGCAUUAACUCGUCCAUCAAAAGUCACCAGUGCGAUGACAACAAAAACGAGUACGCUAAGCAGCUGCAGAAAACCAACGAGCUUCAGACAUGUCACUACCAGACGGCCCUGCCAGGUGUGUUCCAUACCCUACAGGAGUUGGACGAUAAAAGAAUCAAACAAAUUGAGAAUUUUAUCCGGAAGGGCGUCGAUAUAGAACGAAGUGUCUUUCCCAUAAUUAACAAAUGUUUGGACGGAAUCAUUCGAGCAGCCGACAGUGUCGACCCAGAAAAAGACUCGCGGUUGGUGAUUGAACGGUACAAGUCUGGUUUCUCGCCACCGGAAGAUGUUCCCUUUGAAGACCUGAGCAAUAUGCGAAGUGGCAGCGUCGGCUCGGACUCGUCCAGCAAUGGCGGCGGCGUGGGCAGUGGCGCCAUUCAUUCCACCAUUAGCCUUACCUCGAGCGGUAUCCUCAAGUCCGAGACGAAAAGCGGCACGUUGACCGCUAUGAAACUUAAAAAACGGGCCGGCAUCUUUAGCAUAUUCAACGCUGGCAAGUCGUCUCUCAUCGCCUUGGUCGAACCCAAGGAGGAUUUUAGUGAUUUGGCACCGAACCAGCGACGCAAGAAGUUGCAACAGCGGCUGGACGAGAUCAACACGCGUUUACUGCAGGAGACGGCGACGCGCGACGGACUCAUGAAAAUGAAGGGCGUCUACGAACAAAACCGCGCCUUAGGCGACCCGCUUUCCAUUGAGGGCCAACUGACAGAGAGUGGACAGAGGUUGGAUAAACUACGGUUAGAACUUCACAAGUUCCAAGGGUACCUGGAUGAAGCCGAAGGCCGAGUAGCGUCCCAAACAAUAAACGCGCCUGCUGUCCGAACGUCUUCGGCCAUGGGCAUGAAUGGCAGUAGUGGAGGACUAGGACUGAGGAAAUUGGUGGGAUCUAAAGGAUCGAACAACGCCCUGACCCAGCACGGCGGCUCCGACGAAUCCCUUAGCCGGAGCGCGUCCGAUUCGAGCGUUUCCAAUCCUAACAAUAAACCUUCUCUACCUGGAACGCCGCAACCUACCCACGGGUCGUCCCAUAGUCCGGAAAGCGGAGUCGGCUCACACGCCUCACAUACUAGCUUCCCCGAUUCAGAGGUGGAAAGGCUUUACGCUAACGCUGAGGCGGAGAUUGACGCUGAAGAGGACGAUACGCUCAACGGGAGCGAAGUGUACGAAAGCGAACUACUGCCAGUUUUGGGUACCUGCCGAGCACUUUACGCAUUUGAAGCCCAAAGCGAAGGCUCCAUCCCCCUGCACGAAGGCGAAGAGCUGUUCGUCAUCGAAGUCGACCAAGGAGACGGCUGGACAAGAGUUCGGCGGAAUUCCGGCUUUGAGGAAGGCUUUGUUCCCACCUCCUAUAUUCAGUGUACGCUGUAUAAUAAUUGCUAGUUCACCCACCAACACUUGCCCCAUCCGCGUCUUCAAUUAUUUAUUGGCUAUUAAAAAGAGAGAGAGAGAGAGAGAG